CAACACCUUUCAAUACUUUCUUCAGACAAGACAUAAUUAGUAACACUAAAUUUAAAAACAAACAUUUCAAAAGAUUCCUUGAGUUAUCUAUAUUUUGUCCGGCACUGUAUCCACCUAUCACGCGUGUGUUAACCGAAUGCAUCAGAACCGCAGUAUUUUGAAUUGAAUCAUUCGGUUGUUCGGUCUCGACCGCUCUGCACCAAAGGCGUUUACUAUUCUCCAUCCAGAUUUUAAAUUGGCGCGCGCACUUCUUCAAAAUCAUGCCACGCGUGGGCGUUUCGAUUAUCUCUUCCUUAUUGUGUCUAUCAUCGCUUGCACUCGUUCGGAGUGCUUCGAUUUUUCCCACGAAUAGUUUAUCUAUUUUGGAAGGUGCUGGCUUUCUAGCGUACCUUAUCCCGGACCAGGCUGGCGAUCCGGUGCAGUGGAUGCACUGUUCAGUGAGUGUCGGUGGCAAUAGUUACAGUCUAGAUAGCGAUCAAAUCCACGUGGUUGAGGGACAGACCAAGGUGCAACGUUUCAAUGUAACUCUUUGCGGUAUUCGAGUGCAAAAUAUACACAAAUCGCUCAGUUCAUGGACAUUGACGGCUUUGGAUUCAGAAUCAAAAAGUGUAGAAAGCAGACUGAAUGUGGAUGUGACCACUCCCAAUCAGAUUACUGUGCUGAACGUUACCGUCAGCGACACAGUUCGAUGGUACAUGGUCACUUGUCCCGAAGGCAGUUCGCGACGAUAUUGUCGUAUAUUAGACGAAUCUGACCAAAUCUACGAUGGAUGCUCAAAGUCGUUUGAAAUUACUUGGACCUCUGCUCAGUUCCGUUGCCGUUUGCUCUAUUGGGGCGAUAUGGAUGAAACAGAGACUGUGAUCAACGUGAGGGUGGAGAAAAGCUUGCGCGAUGUUAUAUGGUCAGUAGAAGAGGAUGAAUCACAUGUCGUUAUGAGCUGCCACUAUCGGUCUUCGGUGAAUCCUUGUCGAGCGGUAUCGGUGGAUAGUCGUAGACAGAUGAUGUUAUUGGAUGGUCAUUUGGUGGAUCGAUACUCGUCGUACAACACGAGAAUUUCACAAGGAAUUUGCGCGCUGGAAAUCCGCAAACCAUUACUGAAAGAGGACUUCGGCAUAUGGCGUAUCUAUCUGGAGAUUUCAGUGAGCGACUUCAGUGGCUGCGUGUUCGAUCUGAGCGCCAAGCAUGCGGAUGUUGACGACGAAGAAGCUUCAACCCUGCCGUCGAAGUUGGUAGAAGUAUUCCACGAUCCACUCUCGUCAACAACGACAACGACCGAACUGAGCUGCGAAGCACCUUAUGCGAUCGAUUAUUGUUAUCUGACGGGGCCCCAAAGUGGAAACUAUGUGCCAGAUAGAUUCGACCGCUUGAAAACAUUAGGGAUAUGUAACUUCAGGGUGACCAACAUUACCAGCGGGAUGUGGUCCUGUGGGUUUAAUGAUGCCGAUGGAGCUGAGGAUCAUUUAAACUAUUUCAAUGUAAAAGUUUAUGCGCAGCCUGGGAAGGCAAUAACACCCGAAAUAAAAGCCAGCAGAGGAGAUGGAGCGAAAAAAAUGCUUUGUAAGACAAUUUUGGACCUAUCAAUUGAAGUAUGCCGUUUUGUGAGUCCAACAGGAGAAGUGCAUGCUCUAUCUGACAGCUUUGUACCAAGCGAUGAAGCAAGAUUCAGAUAUUAUGGAGACGGUCUACGAAAGGGAGAAUGUGGUGUAGAAAUAGCAAGAGUUGAACGAGAGGAUUUUGGUCGAUGGCAAUGUGCGAUAAAAGUAGAAGGAAAUGAUUACUCCAUCAAGAUGGAUUUGAUUGAAGAAGUUAUGAGCAAGACUGCAGUAGUGGCCAUCUCGAUCACCGUUUCAAUUUUGGCUUGCGCAGUUGGAGGCUUUUUCGCCUAUAAAAAGCUUAGCGCUAGACACCGCUUGCAAUACCAGGUAAGAUUGGGUAGUUCGACGGGAGCGUUGCCUACCACAUCCACUGGAGCCUAGAAAGCAUGCUUUUUCUCUUCGAUGUAUAAAAGAAAUGUAUUCAUUUGAUUGAAGUUUAUUUCAGUGUUACACUUUCUUUUUUCAUGUUCUAGUAAAUAAAUAAAAGCAAAUAUUAU